UGCACCCGACGGGCAGAGCGCGGCCCCUUCUCCGCCUCCGCGGCAACACCUGCGGGGAGGGGGAUGCAGUCGAGCGGCCGCCCCCCUGGGCUGGCAGGCGGGCCGGGCCCGGGGCCGCCCCUUCGAGGGCGAGAGGAAGAGAAAGGAGCGGGAGGAAAGCGGGGAAGUUGUGUCUCGCCGGGAGUCGGAGCCAUGAGCCCCGCCGGGGGGGCGCGGGCCGCCCCCUCGCUGCUGUUCUCGCUGCUGUUGGCGGCCUCAGCCCCGCUCUCGCUGCGGGCGGAGAAGAUGGGAGAUGGAUGUGGGCAUGUGGUGAUGUAUCAGGACAGUGGGACACUGGCUUCCAAGAACUAUCCUGGGACAUAUCCAAACUACACACUUUGUGAAAAGAAAAUCCAAGUACCUCAGGGAAAACGCCUGAUCUUAAAAAUCGGAGACCUGGAUAUUGAGUCACAGAAGUGUGAAUCCAGCUACCUUACCAUCCUGAGUUCUUCAACAAUGCAUGGACCCUACUGUGGUAAUAUGAUGCCUGUCCCCAAAGAAAUCAUUCUGGACAGCAAUGAAGCAACUAUCCACUUUGAGAGUGGAUCCCAUAUAUCAGGACGAGGCUUUCUGUUAUCUUAUGCCAGCAGUGAUCAUCCAGAUCUAAUCACAUGUCUGGAACGAGCAAACCACUACACAAAGACUGAAUACAGCAGAUACUGUCCUGCUGGCUGCAGAGACAUAGCAGGUGACAUUUCUGGGAAUAUAGAAGAAGGAUACAGAGAUACCUCGCUGCUGUGCAAGUCGGCGAUACAUGCAGGUGUUAUUGCAGAUGAACUGGGCGGUCAGAUCAGUGUCACCCAGCAGAAGGGCAUCAGCCGCUAUGAAGGCGUUGUCGCCAAUGGUAUCUCCUCACAUGAUGGCUCGCUGUCAGAUAAGCGGUUUAUGUUUACUUCAAAUGGCUGCAAUAGGUCUCUCAGUCUGGAAGAGGGAUUCCUCUCCAAGAGCCAGAUCACUGCAUCUUCCUACUGGGAGGAGACCAACGAAUUUGGACAGCUAUUCCAGUGGUCUCCUGACAAGGCCUGGCUUCAAGUCCUGGGACUGGCUUGGGCUUCUAACCACAGCAGUAGUCGUGAAUGGUUGGAGAUAGACUUGGGAGAGAAGAAGAGAAUAACAGGGAUCAAAACCACUGGUUCCGGACCCACUAUGCAGAAUUUUAAUUUCUAUGUAAAGACAUUUAUAUUGAACUACAGAAAUAACAACUCAAAAUGGAGAACUUACAGAGGAAUUCUAAGCAAUGAAGAAAAGGUAUUCCAAGGCAACUCUGACUCUGGUGACAUUGUACGUAAUAAUUUCAUUCCCCCAAUCGUGGCCCGUUAUGUGCGGAUUAUUCCUCAGUCUUGGAACCAACGGAUAGCAUUGAAGCUUGAGCUGAUUGGUUGUCGAAUAAUGCAAGUGAAUAGUUCAUUUACACAUUCGAUGUGGCAAAAAACAAGUCAGAGCACAGAAACCUCCCUUGGAAAAGAAGACAGAACCGUUACAGAGCCCAUCCCAUCAGAAGAAACCAAUUUAGGCUUAAAGCUUACAGCUAUAAUUGUCCCAGUCCUCAUAGUGCUGUGUCUGUUCCUGUUCUCUGGAAUUUGUAUCUGUGCAGCCCUACGAAAGCAAGAAGCCAAAGGACUUUCUUAUGGAUUAUCCAAUGCUCAGAAAUCAGGUUGUUGGAAACAGAUCAAGCAGCCCUUCACCAGACAUCAGUCAACUGAAUUUACCAUUAGCUAUAAUAAUGAGAAGGAGACACCACAAAAACUAGAUCUGGUCACAAGCGAUAUGGCAGAUUAUCAGCAGCCUCUCAUGAUCGGAACUGGGACAGUAACGCGGAAAGGAUCUACUUUCAGACCCAUGGACACAGAAGGAGAGGGAAGAAGGGGGAGUGCAGAGUUUGAAAACCACUACCACUGCCCACACAGAGCCAACCGGCACGAGUACGCUCUGCCCCUGACCAGCCAGGAGCCUGAAUAUGCCACCCCCAUCAUCGAGCGGCACGUCACCAGAGAAAAUAACUUUCCCUCUGAAAAUGGCUACAACAUACCCGUAAUCUCCUCACAGAAACAUUCCCUUUCUGCCGGCAGUUUCUCUGGCUCAUGCAAGACUGAUACCAGGAAUGGAGACUAUCAGACACCCCAGAGCGUAAUAAACUACGACAAACCUAAAGCCAACGGUAUUCUGACCUCUCUGAGCUACAGUACGGACUACCAGAAACCUCAGGCGAACGCGCUAGGGAGUGAGGGUUACUCAACACCCAGAGACUGCCUGAACCCAAUAAGCCAGACAGCAAUGACAGCUCUCUUGUGAUCCGCUAAGCAAGAGAGACGUGGUGCACAGGAAUGUCGCUGCGCAGCUUCCAAAGUGAAAACAGAGUUUUAAAGGAUUCUGCUGCAGAAGGCAGAAGGCAAACAAACCCUGUGUACAUAAUAUUGCAGUCUUGCUGGGUUCUGACAUCUGAAGAAAGCAUAUGCUGUUUAUCACUGUUUAUAUCAAAAGAGAUGUUAUCAGUGAAGACUGUAUAUCUUAUUUCUGUAACUGAUCUCAGUGCUCCGUUUGCAACGUGUGCAAUUUGUACAUAGCUUUUAUUUAAGGAGAGUUUCUUAAGUUUCCUUUUCACCUGUGGAAUUGAAAGGACACAAAAAAAACCAACAAACCAGCUUCUGCAGAAAUAGCUCUCUCUCUAUUUCACCUCUGUUGUACUGCAGCUGUAAAUUGUGUAUUUUACAGCUGAUGUGGUUCAGUUCCUUUCCUCUGAAAACUGAAGAUCAUCAUUAUGGUUCCUCUUGGGAGGGCAGAAGUAAAACUGCUUGAAGCGUGAAGUGCACAAGAGAAGGCAGCUGAGUAUUUAAAUACCACGCUCCAUCUCACCUGCCCAGCUGCCUUUUAGCAGCAAUCUGUAUAUGCUUGAAUUUGAUCUAGUGUAUGAGCUGAGCCUAACUUGCUAUUCAUAUCAAGUACAGGUAGAAAAGAUGGAACAAGCUUUGGAUUCAAGCCAUAGCAAUCACCUUGCAGACACAUCUGCAAUAAAAACAUGCCAAUCUGCUUUUUCGUUAAAUGUGUGUGGAACUAUAAUGUGAAUUUACAGCUAAGAAUUGAAUCUUGUUCAGGCCCUACCUGAUGCUGUUAAUGCUAAACUGUAAGGAAAUUUGUUCCUUGACACAAAGCAGCUCUUCAUUGCUCCAGUGGGUAUUUUUCUGUCUGACUAAAUAUUUCAAAUGGAAAUACUACACUAAAUUUGUAAAACUAAAAGACAACAUGGGUAUGGUUCAGUGUUGCAUUUAAAUGCAAGACAGUGGAUCAGCACAGUUGUGCUCGAAUAGUUUUUCUUUUUCAGCAGAUGUUACUCAAUUCUAGUUUUGGACAAACUUGAAAAAGCUUGGGGUGGGCUGCAAUGCACAGCUGUUGGCUCCUCUUUCAGCAAAGGUGUCAUUGAAGCCACACAGCUUCAGGUUGGGACUGCAACCAUCCUUUGCCCUGCUACCUGCAGCACUUGGAGCCUUACCUUGAAUUCGAAUGUGUGUCUCAGAAUAUCAAAAAGUUAUGUUCUUCCAAGAGAGAAGAAUGGUGCUACAUUUAAGGCACAAGGUUGAAAUUAGCCUGGUAAAAUGUGAGCUCUUGGAAAGUCGGUAUUUCAAGGCCUUGUGUGUUUCCUUUUGUGUAAGCUGGGGAUCAUUUGCAAAGGACGCAGCAAAGAUUUCUUGUUUGUUCACAAAGUGCUUUCGAAUUGUGGAGUGGAAAGUGCUUUAAGAGUACAGAACAGCUGUAGUGAUACUAGGUACAAAUAUUGCUAACUCGAGCCAUAUCUGACCUUAAGAACAGCUCUUAGUGGGUUCUUCGCAUUUGCUUGUUUUGUGGCCUCAGUGGUGCCGUUCUGUCACGCCGAUGCACAGUGCAUGCAACUUCCGUGCAAAGAAGAAAGAGUUGAGCUAACCUUGUAGUCCUCCCGUGUUUGCUGUCAAUACAGUUUCUGUGAAUUGUAUUAAACACCUCAGGUUCUGAAGCGAAGCAGCAGCAGCCUGUUUGUUAGACCGAGCUGGGUGGUGUUGUUUACCUUCUGUUGUUUACAUGUCUAUGUAAAUAAAGAACACUGGUAUUUGUAAAUCAGUCACACAGGCCUGGUACUUAACUUGGUGACUUUAUCAUCGCUGCACACCCACUCUUGUCACAUAUCCCGCAGAGUGAGAAGUAACUGUUCCUUAUUCCGCGCAAAAGUGUCAGUUCCGCGGCUGCAAUUUACACUCUCUGUAUGACAGGCUAAAAAAAGCUUAUCCCAGUGCCCCACUUAGCCUGGCUUCUGUGUCCGUAAUCUCUAGAGAAGAAACGCCCACGAACAAACUUCUGCGCCCAGCUCUGCUGCUGGAUGCACAUAAUUGAGGGGAGGAUGAGGCUACCCCCCUGGUGAGACUGAAUCCAAUACUCCACCCACACAGCUAAUUAGCUUGACUUGUCACUUUGCAAACAAGCGGAGCUCAGUAAUCAGAGCUAUUCCCCACAAAGAUAAUGCAGCACGGCAACAGCAGCAGGCAGCUGAUGACAUGGCUUGUGUUAUAACAACCUUUUGGCAUGCCUCAGCCACACGCUUUUUGCAUCUGCAGUGUCAAACUGUUCUUCAUUGCACAUGCCCAUUUUUUGCUGCCAUUCAAACCCAUCUCAGAACAGCUAUUUUAGCUGAAAAAGAUGCUGGGUUUCAAAUUGCAACUUGCCUUCAUCCUCCGCUUCUCAAAAAGAACCCAAAAAACUGUAAAAAGAUGGCUUGGAAUCAAUCCCCAGAUGUCUUUAUUAUUUCUGAGUUACAGUGGUGGCUCUGUCAUCACACACAUUGCCGGCCGCUGCACAGUGCUUCAUGGCUCGAGUUUGAAUGAAUGCUGAGGGCAGCUGACACAAACAGCUUGGGGCUUCUUCCCCUCAGCCUGGGGAACAUGGAGUUCUUAGCGACCUAGCAGCAGAUAUGCAGAGGAACUUCUAGUCUCUAUAGUAGUGUCUCCAUCCUGACGGUAGCAGAGAUACUAAGCCCUGAUGUAGGAAGGAAAAGGGAUGCUUGAUCUUCCAGCAGGUGGGGAUUCAUCCUUACACUUCUCCUCACAAUGGUUUCUCACAGGCUGCUGUACUUCAUUAGCUUCAGUCUAAUUUCCACAGUGAAAACCAGUUGCAGGUGUAACAGUCAGACUCAGCAAACAUGUUGUAUUUAAAAAUCUUCCUACAAAGAUUCAAACAACAAAGAUUCAAACAGGCCCUGCUUCAAAACACUAACACACUUAAGAGGGCUGCAUUUGCACUGGAUCUCCCUCCAGUAUGUCCUGAGAUUAUGGCAGAACAGAGCCUAAAAUCUUUAGCAGACUGACCAUCUGGUUAACAGAGACUUUCAAUAGCAAUUCAGUAUCAAGCUUCUUCCCUGAGCAGGCACUCCUAGUAGUCUGAAACAGUAUAAAUGCUGCAAAGUUCAGAAGGUUGAAUAUUAACUGGUCACAGCCCUAAGGGUCUACCUGUUCCAGCUGCAGUUGAUGGCAAGCCUCUGACAGUGCUGUGAAUGGGGUUACACACUGUAAACUAUGCACCUCUAACCAAAUGAAUUGUAGAAAAUACAGUGCCUUCUA